AUGAAGGCGCCUUUUUCCUUGCAACAACCAAAGGACCCGAGGCGGUCGAUAUGGCAGGUCAACGAGGAUCCAGAAAAACUCGACCGCAUGUACGAGAAGCUGGUCGGUCGCGACCUGACGCGGACUCUACCGGACGAACUCAAGUGGCUGGCGGUGACGCAUAAGAGCUUCGACAACGGCCGGCGUGGAUUUAACACGCGGCUGGCUUUCUAUGGGCGAAUGAUUGUGGCAUUGGAGGCGACACGAGCAAUCAUGGGAUCGCCGGCAGAAGGCAUCGAAGCACCCGACCCAUACGGCAGACAGCCGUUUGAGAAUGCUGCCCUUAGCAACCCGGAAAAUCUCGAGAGCUCCGGUAUCACAGUGGUCCUAACGUCCACCGUUUUCUCGAUCAUUGGCGCGGUAUCGUUGCACCAUGGCGCCGACGUCGCCAGCCGGGUAGUUGGUGAGAGGAUCUUCAAACGCAUAAGCGUCUUUCACAUGGAACUCGUCGGCACCGGCAACAUAUUUUUCGUCCUCGAGCAUGUUCUCACCAGCGGACAGGUUCCGUUCAGAUGCGAGCUCCCGCCAGUGGUAGCACCAAACGGCGAUGGCUUAGCAUCUGCCGAUGAGCUUUUCUCUGGGCCAGAGGCUCUGAAGCUUCAGGUCCAGAGGCAUUCGGCCAUCGUCCGCGUUCCGUCCGUCAGCUACGACGACUUGGGAGAGGUGGACGAGGAUCCGCGCUGGUUGGUGUUCCAUGAGCUUCACCGCCUCCUCGAAGAGCUAUUUCCAGCAGUCCAUGCAAAGAUGUCACUGGUCAAAGUAAAUCGGUUCGGGCUAGUCUACACACUGGAGGGCAGUGACCCGUCGCUGAAACGGCUUAUGUUGGCAGCCCACCAGGACGUCGUGCCUGUUGCUGAUGCCUCCACGUGGACGUAUCCCCCCUUUUCCGGCCACUUUGACGGCAGGUGGCUCUGGGGUCGUGGCGCCUCUGACGACAAAAAUAGCCUAACCGGUCUGAUGUCUGUCAUGGAGACGCUGCUGAGCAACGAGACCUGGGUGCCGCGCCGUGGAAUUGUCCUUGCCUUUGGCUUCGACGAGGAAUGCUCUGGUAGACGAGGAGCCGGGAUCAUUGCCUCCUACCUGGAAGAGCGCUUUGGCCGCAACUCGAUGGCCCUUAUUCUCGAUGAAGGCGGCAUGGGCAUUUCUGCUGGCGGCAACAAUACCCUCUAUGCACUCCCAGCCGUCAUGGAGAAGGGUCACGUCGACGUUAUCUACGCGCUGCAUGUUCAGGGCGGGCACUCGUCCAUGCCGUUUCCACACACGGGAAUCGGCAUCAUCGCAGAGAUCGUCAGCACGCUGGAAGCGCAUCCGUAUAGUCCUAAGCUGAUCUCCGGUUCGCCUGUCCACAACCACCUCAUCUGUCGAGCACGGUACUCGCCUGCUGACGAUCCGGAGCUUACGCAUCUGAUCGCUAAAGGCGACCUUGCCGCGAUCGCCAAGCGGCUGGCAACCAGCGAUCUGGCGACAAACUUUCGUCUGCAGACGUCACAGUCUGUCGACCUGAUUGCCGGGGGUGUGAAAAUCAACGCAAUGCCCGAGCUGAUCACCCUUGGUGUCAACUAUCGAGUGUCGCCUCAUAAUUCGAUUGACGAGAUCAAGAAGACUACGGUCAAGCUGAUCCAGCCAAUCGCGAGCAAGUACGGCCUCAGUCUCAAGGCUUUUGAAGAUACUGCCUCGAAACCGGCGGCAGGCUCGUCCGACAGCAUGCUAGACCCAGGCUAUACUAAGACAGUUCAUCCUCUGUAUGAGGUUGAUUACAGCGGAACCCUCAUCCUUACAACACAGCAAGCCACCCCCGUAGCGCCUGUUUCGCCCACAACUGGCCCUGUCUGGGAUCUGUUUUCCGGCACUAUACAGCACACAUUUUCCUUUGAAAACGGCACAGUUGUUCCCGUGGGCGAGAUCAUGACCGACCUCACGCCCAAUAUAUAUCGCUGGGUUCCGGUACGGGAUGGUUACAGAAAAAACAUGCAUACCAUUGACGAGCGUGUCGACAUGUAUGCCCAUCUAGAAGUUGUCAAGUUUUACUACAACCUCAUUCGCAAUUUUGAUGCAUCUGUUGCCUGA